UGUUUCCCUAAAUGCAGAAUUCACGAUUCUUGAAUUUUAUCUGAUUUGGUUUUUAUUCCGUUUGGUAUUUUCUAAACCGAUUCGGUUCAAUUUUUUAUGAUUUGGUUUUAAUGUUGACAGCCCCCCAAUGUGAUUUUGGGCCAAUCCAUAUGAAAUUAGGGUUUUGGGCCAAUUUGAUUUAGGUUUUAAACCAAAAAAAAUUGAGAACGUUAAGAGGCCCAAGAUCCAAGAAAGUUUGGGUUUGCAAAUUUGGCACCUGUUUUCGUAUACUGAUUCCACUCGAGUUCCAUCGUGUUAGGGUUUUUUCUUUCCAUCACUGGGUUUCGCGUCGUCUCGGGGAAGAAUAGGUGGAGGAAUAAGGCAGAGAUCAUUUUGGAUCGAAAAAUGGUGAAGGGUCGUCAAGGAGAGAGGGUUAGGUUGUACGUGAGAGGAACGGUCCUCGGAUACAAGAGGUCUAAGUCAAACCAAUACCCAAACACGUCCCUUGUCCAGAUCGAAGGUGUGAACACCCAAGAAGAAGUGGCGUGGUACUUGGGAAAGCGUAUGGCUUACAUCUACAAAGCAAAGACUAAGCAGAACGGAUCACACUAUCGUUGCAUAUGGGGGAAGGUCACUCGGCCUCACGGCAACAGCGGUGUUGUCCGAGCCAAGUUCAAGUCAAACCUUCCUCCAAAAUCAAUGGGAGCUAGAGUCCGUGUGUUCAUGUACCCCAGCAACAUAUGAGUUUGGGGAUUUUGAUCUGCAUUCCUUGUUGCAGGAGUCAAACCAAGAUUCUCAGAACCCAGGUUCAUUUAUCAUCUUGUCUCUCCUUUUUUUUUAAAAAAAUUUUCUUCUCGUGUCCAAGACUUGAUGCCAGUUUUGUUAUCUGUCGGAGAAGUUAAGAUUAAGUUUUAUGGGGAAAAUCCAAUUUUUGAUGAAUGGAAUAUAACCAGAGAAGGUUGGUCCAUGUGAGCGCUGACUUGUGGCAUGGCUUCCCAUAUGAUAUUUUGUAGGAAUUGCAUUUAUUAUAAAAAUGGAUUAGUUAUAAUUU